AGAAAUAUUUCUUGAUGUGGAGAGAGAGAGAGAUAGAGAGAGAGAUAGGGGGGUUCACAAUAAGUGAAGCAGCAGCCCUAGCUUUCAUAUGUACUACAAUAGUACUCCACCACUCAAGCCUCUCCCCAGCUCCUUCUCUAGCCAUGCCUAGAAUUAAAAUACUCAUAGCUACUAACCUUUCAGUGUACUCCCCAACAGUAUAUAUAUACUUGAGCUUCUUCUACUUCCCUUCAUGAGAAGAAAACAGAACUCCCGAGUUCUCCUGAAUAUCUGGAAAUCUCUCUCUCUCUAGAUCUCUCUCUCUCUCUUUCUAGAUCUCUCCCUGAUGGCAAGAAUGUCAGCUGAGCCUCUCAUAGUAGGGAGAGUGAUUGGGGAUGUACUCGAUCCUUUCAUUCCAACAGUGAAAAUGUUGGCGACUUACAACAACAAGCAGGUCUCUAACGGCCAUGAGCUCUAUCCUUCUCAAGUAACCACCAAACCUAGGGUUGAAAUCCAUGGAGGUGACCUGAGGACUUUCUUCACACUGGUAAUGACAGAUCCUGAUGUUCCUGGCCCUAGUGAUCCUUAUUUAAGGGAGCACCUGCACUGGAUAGUGACAGACAUUCCGGGCACAACGGAUGCUACAUUUGGAAGGGAGGUAGUGAGUUAUGAGAUACCGAGGCCAAACAUAGGUAUCCACAGGUUUGUGUUUGUUCUGUUCAAGCAGAAACGCAGGCAGGCCGUCGACCCGCCUUCUUCGAGAGACCACUUCACCACCCGGAGCUUUGCGGCGGAGAACGACCUCGGCCUUCCGGUCGCCGCGGUCUUCUUCAAUGGACAGAGAGAAACUGCUGCCAGAAGACGCUAACCCUAACCCUAGUAGUACUAGUAAUAAAGAGAGCUCCAUUUUAUUAUGCUAAGCCUAAACUCUCAUACUUAACCUGUACCUGCAAUAAUAGCUGCAAGAAUCUCUCUCUCUCUCUCUCUCUCUCUCUCUCUCUCGUUCUCUUCUCUCUCCUCUCUUGUUUGUCUCUUUUGAGCUUUGUAUCAUGUUGUUCCAUUUCUAUUAAAAGGUGAUUUGUGACC